UUUUAGAGAUCAGCCUCCAGUGGUGAUGGCGAACUUGGAGUUGAAAGCACGCUAACGGAAGUUGUCUCAGCUCAUCUAGUCCCGGUGCAAUGCGCUCGCUCUUCUCCGCGGUCUAACGACUCCAAACACUCCAAGCACCGACACGGUUCUUCGGCAUCGGCGCUGCACUCGCCGCAGUUCAUCGGGUGAUUCGGGGCUCUGGAGGCUCCCUCUGAACCCGCAGAGUCUGCAGCGAUUUCACUGAAGUCUGGAUGCGCGUUUUGAUUUGCGCUUUAUUUUGGAAGUGCAUGAAGACACAAUGAGGAGCUGUGAUUCAUGCUGCAGGAGAAUGGACGUUACUGUAACACUGCUGCUGGUAACGCUUGCAGGCUGGACAGUGGGUUCAUCUCUGUAUGUCGCGGAUGCUCGAUCACCUCGUCUGGCUCUGGAGAACAGCUUGAGUUGGCCGCCCAAAGACACACAGUGCCAGCACAUGCUAAAGCGUCUCCAUAAUGGAGCACGUGUUACUGUGCCGAUGCCCCCUAACAUAGAUGGCCUCUGGGUCUCCACCAGCUGCGAGGUACGUCCUGGCCCGGAAUUCAUCACCCGCCUCUACCACUUCCAACACAACCACACAUUUCAGGCCCACCAGUUCUACUACGCCGACAACCACUGCACGGUGCCCACCUACACACUGGUGAUCCAGGGUCUUGUGCGAAUGCGCCAGACUUCAUGGGUUAUUCGUGGUGGCACAGAGGCUGACUACCACAUCCACCGCAUUCAGGUGGUAUGCCACUCUACGGGCACGGCAAAGGAGCUGAGCAGGCGUUUGGCACAGAGCUGCGAGCGAAUGAAAGGUGCCUCCUUGGAGCCAAACAUAAGUUAUGAGUUGUGUAGCGAGGAAGGAAGCUGCAACUGCUCUCACGGCCUGAACUUCGCCAUGCACGAGCUGCAACUGCUGCGUGUUGAGAAGCAAUACGUGAACAGGAACAUGGAGCAGCCCGUGGAGGAGCUCUUCCUAGGUGAUAUCAAUACUGAGCUGAGCCAGAGGAUGAGCCACAGGCCCUCCAGCUAUCAGCCGCCACUGCAGAAUGCUAAGAGUCACGAGCAGAACUGCAUCGCGUGUCGGAUCAUCUCGCACUCGGACGAGUUCCGCCCUCCAAUCCUGCCGCCACGGGCCGAGCUCACUGUAGACCUGCAUGGCCAGUGGGUUUCCCAGCGGUGCGAAGUUCGGCCAGACGCACUGUUCCUCACAAGACAUUUCAUCUUCCAUGAUAACAACAACACAUGGGAGGGUCACUACUAUCACUACUCAGAUCCCGUCUGCAAGCACCCGACGUUCAGCAUCUUUGCCAGGGGGAGGUACAGCCACGGCGUGCACUCCACACACGUCAUGGGGGGAACCGAGUUUGUGUUUAAAGUGAACCACAUGCGGGUGGUACCGAUGGACCCGGGCACUACAUCUCUCCUGAACAUCUUUAACGGGAAUGAAUGUGGUGCUCAAGGCUCGUGGCAGAUUGGAGUGGAACAGGACGUGACAUUGACCAAUGGCUGCGUGGCGCUGGGGAUCCACCUCCCACACACCGAGUAUGAGCUCUUUCACAUGGAGCAGGACAUUCACGGUCGCUACCUGCUCUACAACGGCCAGCGGCCCAGCGACGGCUCCAGUCCUGACCAUCCCGACAAACGUGCGACCUCCUACCAGACGCCGUUGGUGCAGUGCUUGGCCAACAGCCAGAAGUCAGACGUCAACCUUGGUCACCAUACAAAACAGCAGCAAAAGUUGAAUAACCGCUGUUGCCCAGCUCACCAAAGCUACUUGAUGGAAACUGUGGUUCUUGUGGGAUUAAACAUGCUGAUUAUGAACUUCUUUGGUUGAAAGAACACCACCAGAAGCUGAACUGAUAUUUCUGUACAUCUUUGUACAUAUUGACACAAGGAGGACCAGAAAAACGAAAGAACGCACUCUGGCCAUUUGGGAACAAGUUUACUUGACACACUUGGGCAUUCUGCUCAUUUUUCUGGUUUCUGGCCUACAUCAAGGGUAGAUUAAAUGGAGAUGGAGAAACGUGUGGAGAGGCAAGAUUUCUUUUUUUUUUUGCCUCUGUAUUGAAAAGACUGCAAAGAACUGAAACUGCUGCACCACAGUAACUGCACUUUAAUAAAGCAUGACUUGCAACUUGUACGGUUUCAAUGAAAUAAAAAACAUUGUUUGAUAGCCCUUAUCUUAUCAGCUUCAUCAAGGAGGGUUUCCUGUUUAUUUUCUCAACCUUUACUGUACACAUAUAUGCUAACAAAGAGAUAUUUUUCUAUGAUAUGA